ACAAGCUCUAUCGCAAAGCCAUCUAAUACUCAAUAGCGAUCAAACUUCAUUGCAAAAUUAACAUUUGUUAUUGUUUUCGAGAUAUUAAGUGUCUGCAUACGCGCGCAGCGUGGAACUGCUGAUGAGGAGUGGAUUUAUAUUCGCUAUUUGGAAUAUAUUGGCUCUUACUUUCACGACUACCUAAAUAAAUUAAGCCAUGAUGAGGGAGUCGGCUCAUGAAAUAAACAUGGACACGUGGAAGCAAUGGAUCCUAGAGGCCAUCUCGAAAAUCAGGUCGCAAAAGCAGAGGCCCUCCGUGCAGCGGAUUUGCCAGGCGAUCGGCACGCACCACAAGUUUCACGAGGAUAUUGUGGCCGAGAAGCUGGAGAAGGCUGUCGAGUCGGGAGCUGUGAUUAAGGUGUAUAAUAAGGGCUUGCAUUCGUACAAGGCGCCGAUGGCCAAGCGACGCGUCAAGGUGGACAAGAACACCAACCUGUACAAGCUGGUGGCUAAGGCAGUGCACGAUCUGGGCGAGUGCGAGGGAUCCACCAUUAAGAGUAUUGAGAACUAUAUACAGAAGUUCAACUGCAUCGACCUAUCGCCCAAUGUCGACUUCAAGGCAGUGAUCAAGGCGUCUAUCAAAAAGGCCGUGGACGCCGGUUUUCUGAUCCAGGAGGGAAAGCUCUACAAAAAGGGCAAGUCACUGACAACGCCGCGGAAAUGUGCGCCUCCCUCGGACGUGGUCAUAAAGGGCGAGGAGAGCUGCACCCACUGCUCCGGAAAUGCGCAGAAAAACCUGAACGGCAUUCCCGAGCCGCUGAGCUCUUGCAAACAGUGCGGGAUAUCGCUGCACACCACUUGCGCCAAUAUCGCGGGCCGGUGCAAGUCCCAGUCCUAUGUGCUGCUCUACAUGCUCGUCACCAAGGGCACGAACUGGGAUUGCCAGAACUGCGCCGAUUGCGCCGUCUGCAAAAUGCGCAACCGGGGACCCUGCCUGCUGCAGUGUUUCGUUUGCAAGGACCACUUUCACUUGACGUGCCUCGACACAAUACCGGACAAGAAGCCGAAGCAUCCAUACAGGUGUAAAACUUGCUCCAAACAAAGUAUAGACAAUCCAAAGUUGCUUAAAAGAGACAAUUCAAGGAUAAAAAUGGAGGUUGCCAACGAGAGGAUGACAGCUUCCUCCGAUAGGUAUUCCCAUAAUAAGCGGCAAAUAAUAAAGAAGGAAGGCAACUCUGAUAGUCCGUCGACUUCAAAAUUAUGCGUUUACAAUGACGGCGGCAAUGGACAGAGAAGAAAAAUGGGCACGGGCUUGAACUCGAGGAAGCUAAAUCACAGCGAAGAUCAGUUUGAAUUUCCGGGUAAGCAGAGGAGGUCGCAAAUUGUACAGGGAGGCUACUUGGCCAGCCAGGAGACUCGAAAGCGUACCUUUUCCGAUCUGUCAUCCUCGAGUUCGUCUAGUGAUAGCGAAGACGAUGAGGACGAGGACGACGAGCAUAACAAUAGGGGCUGCGAUGACAACGAUCAGGACGAGAGCACAUCCUCCGAUUCGUGCACAUCGUCCAGCUCUGACUCGGACUCCAGCGAGAGUUCCAGUGACAGCUCGGAGUGCGACGACGAGAACGACGAGGAGGACUACGACACCGACCGCAGCACGCUGAAGGGGAAAAUGUUCGAGAACGAGAAGCAGAGCUGCGCGAAACUGAAUGCCACCAACGCAGGACUAAGUUCGCCGGACAGCAAUGAUGCGACGGCCGGCGGUGAGAACAACUGGGGCUUUGCGGCGGUGGCUAAGAAUCCGAUUGACAUAUUUGUGAAAUCUAAAAACAACAGCACCAGUGCGAAGGGCAUUGGCUUUGCCACCUCACCAGCACAUAAUCGCACUCAAAGAGGCACGCCAGCAGUGGCCCCUAAUUCAACGUCCACAGCCGCAGCCAGUGUCAUGACCAUAAAACAAAAACAAGGUGCCAGCAAUGGGCCAAAGAAGAAGAUUGUUCCUCUGAAGAGCAUGCCGUUGGAGGCGGGAAAGUCGUACGAAAAGGGCGAUGAAGAUGACAUUCCAUAUCUUACCGAAGAGACGGUAAUGAAGGUACAACUCCUCGAGGAGAUCGAACGGAGUAGGGAGUCUAAGAGUGAGGCCGACGCUGAAAAGCCGGAAAGCCAUAACGAUGAUGAUUUAAUUGCAAAGCGAGCCAAUCCAUUUGAAAAUCAACCCCUGCCGCCGGGCGUGACUGCAACGGACGUGGAACUAUACCAAGAGGUUCUUCACAAAGCAGUCGUUCAGAUGUCCAACAAUCACAUAGAGAAACUGGCUGACGAUGUAGGCCGAAAGGCAGGACAGAAUACGCAAAGUCCCAAGUCAAUUCAAAUUGGUAAAUGGGACAUUGAGACCUGGUAUUCCAGCCCCUUUCCCCAGGAGUACGCCCGGCUCAUGAAGCUGUUUUUGUGUGAGUUCUGCUUGAAGUAUACCAAGAGUCGCUCGGUGCUGGACAGGCAUCAGAACAAAUGUAUUUGGAAGCAGCCGCCAGGCACUGAAAUAUUUCGACAGGGAAAUAUAUCUGUGUUCGAGGUGGAUGGCAAUGUGAACAAGAUUUAUUGCCAGAACUUGUGCCUGCUGGCCAAAUUCUUUCUCGACCACAAAACGCUCUACUACGACGUGGAGCCCUUUCUGUUCUACAUCCUGACAAAGAACGACCAAAGCGGCUGCCAUCUCGUGGGCUACUUUUCCAAGGAGAAGCACUGUACGCAAAAGUACAAUGUGUCUUGCAUCCUGACAAUGCCACAGUACCAACGCCAAGGCUACGGACGGUUUCUGAUCGACUUCAGUUACCUUCUAAGUCGUGAGGAGGGACAGCUGGGAACGCCGGAGAAGCCGCUCUCCGAUUUAGGACGGCUAUCCUACUUCUCCUACUGGAAAUCCGUCGUGCUGGAGUACUUGUACAAGUACCGCAAUCAGUCGAAGAUCACCUUCAAGGACAUCGCCAUCAAGACCGGCCUGGCCAUCUCCGAUAUUGCCCUGGCCUUUGAGUUGCUCAACUUCAUCAAGCUAAGGAAGAAUGACGGGGACAUCCGGUAUCAGAUCAAUGUGAAAAUUGACUGGAAAAAGGUGGUGGGUCAUCACAACAAAAUGGCUAAUAGCAAGUCUCGAAUAAUCAUCGAAGCCGACUGCUUGCGAUGGAGUCCAUUGCUGUCCGUGUCUAAGCUACCCAACAUAAUCAAACCAAUCUCGAAUCGCGAAUAUUUGAACAAUCAAAUUGAGCGAAAGUCCGACCACAAGAAGAACACCGAAGAGAACAAGCAGCCUAUCCUGGCGGCCAUUCCAAAGGUGAGCCAGCAAGAGAGCGGCGAGGCUGCUCCUGCAAAGAAUCGUGUGCCGAGCUCCGAAAAACUAGUUGAGGAGCGCGAGGGCCAGCGAAAACGCGCCUGUCCCGAAGAAUUUCUGAAGUCCGCUGUGAGCGAGUCAAAGAAAUGCAAGAUGAUGACUCCAGCGCAGCCGGCGCAGGAGGAGCAGUCGUUUGGUGAGCACUCCUCCGACUCAUCCGAUGGCAAGUCCGCAAAGGAACUCUCUGAACACUUGACCAAACGAGCCCAGCGAUUGGCCAAGCGCAACGACGUCAUUCCGCACACCAACAAGCGAAAACAUUUUGAUCGAACUCUGGAGACCAGUGCCACUGCAUCCGAUCAAAAUCCGGCGCCAAUGCAGAGGCAGUCGGAGGCAGCAGCAGACGCCGAGGAAACUGAGGCCAAAUCAUCGGAAGAAUCUGCUGCUGCACGGGAGGUCAGCAAGACGGCGUCGUCCCACGUCGAUAAAAAAGUCAAUAUUGUGCCCAAACUUAGGGGAAAACAAUCGAACGGCAAGCGUUCCAGCGAGGACUUGCAAUUCAACGGGAAUACCGCUGCGGAAAACACCGAAAAUUUGAUCAGUACUCCUGCGAAGGAACCACCAAGAGAAUCUAUCAAAGCGGCGACAGUUGAGAGUCCAUCUAAGAACCAAACUUCAGCCAAAAUAGAGAUUCCGGUUGAAGCCAGCAGCAUCACCGAGCAAGUGCUCGAUGCUGUGGCGAAGAAAACCAAGAAGACUGUCUUCUCCGACGCCAAAACGUCAUACAACGCGGAAGAGGUCAAGUAUAAUGCCCUGGACAGGCCAGAAGUUACCUCCCAAGAAGUGGUGGAGUCUGUAAAAGACAUCAAGGAAGUCAAAGUGCCCGAACUACCAGAAAGCAAGCCUAAGCCUAAGAGUCCCGAAAAAACGGAACCCGCCGUCAUGGUCGUUGCACAACCUGCUCCCGAACAGAAUCCGAUUCUUGUAAACACGGAAAAUAUCAAGAAGUCACCGGGUGAACAAAAAGUUGAGAUUAAUCUAAACUACCUUAAGUCGUCGCCAGAUUCAUCGGCUACGCCACCAGUGGUACCUAUGCCCGAUGCUCCUUGUCCAAGUGUCCCAGUCCAGCUCGAAAAACCCAUUGAGACUGUGCUUCCCGCUCAGCCCCUCGUGGCUCAAGUUCAACAGAAGCCGGUGGAAGUGGAAAAGGCAAAGAAAGCAGAAGCCGCUACCAUCAAUCCGCCUGCCAAUCAUCGUGCGGAAGCCCCAUCGACAGUGGAGCUUCCUAAGGUGCAGCCAAAGUCGCAGGACAAGAUAACACCGGAAAAGACAGAUCAGCAGCCUCCGCCAUUGGCCGACAUCAAGGAGAAGGCAAUCAAAAAGGCUAUGACGCUGUCGGAUCCUCCGGUUGUGAAGCCCGAGGUCAACAGCGGUGACAAGAAGUACGAUGCCAGCAAGAUGAAAAUCGCUGUUCCCGAGAAAGAAGUUAUCAAGACAGACCAUCAGCUGGUGCAAGUCAAGGAGGAGGAGGUCAAGUCGAGUGCACGCAUGCCCGCGGCAGUGCAUCCCAUCCGAGAGAAGAUGCAGCUAAAAGGCAGCAACGAUCACGCCGCCGCCGCCCAGCUGCAGAACUCGAUUCCCUCCCAGUUUCCCAUCAACCAAAUGCCCAACUACCACUCUUCGCAGUACUGGCAGUGGGACUACUAUAGCUACAACCUUUCGCACCUGGACCCCGCUUCGCAGAAGGGCCAGAAGCAGUUCCACAAGGAUCUGGCCACGACCAUGGCGUACACGCACAACUUUACGCAGAACCUUUACCAGUCCGCCAACUUGGCCAUGCAGCAUGCGCACCAUCAUCAGAUGCACCAGACCAAGGAGAAGCACAAGGUGGAGCGCAAGAGCAGCGGCAAGAAAGAGGAGCACCAGUCCAAAGUGGUGUCCAGCGGCGCGAACGUGGUCAGCGCCUCUCGCGAAGAUGCCCAUGUCCAGCACUGCAAUGAGUAUGCGGCCAACAACCAGGCGGCGGCAAUUUACAAUCAGAAAUGUGCUGCUGCUACCCAGCAGAAGCAGGCGCAGGCGCAGCAGAUGAAAUCCCUGGCAAAUUCCCAGAACUCAGUGCCGCGCCAAAGUAAUGCCAAUCCGGCUGAAACGACAGUCCUGAUGCCCAACCCAGGGACUGUGCCUGCUAAGCAAAAAUCCGAGCAUGGCGUGAACCCGACGACUGUUAUUUCGCGCGACGCAAAGCUUAAUAAGAUUGGGCAACAUCCCAACAUACAGCAUGCUCCUCCGAGUCAGCAUACCAACCUGCAGGUUACCGGGGGCGGUGGCCAAAGCGAUGUCAAUCCGAAUUUGGUGUACAACACAGAGCCGUCGGCGAAUGCAACCAUGCAGCAGCACUACGAUUGCGGUAUUAAUGCGCAGAUCAACAUGGAGUCGCCGGCCAAUAUCGGCAGUGCCAUUUCGCACGGCUCCCAAGAGAUCGCUGCCACUGCCAACGUGCAUAUGCAUCAGCCACACCGGCAGUUUUCAGAUUGCUCCAUGCAAAACCAGCCAGUCACCACGCCCAUGCACAUGUCCAUCCAGAACUCCCAUAUGCAGCAACAGCAGCAAAACAGCCUGAAUAUGAAUCUGUCGGCAGAGUCCCCGACUAACAUUAAUCUACUUAACAAUCCGCAGCAUCAACAACAUCAAGCCAGGAAAUUGAAUGCUCAGGCGGACAUUGCGGUCAGUUCACCGACGACUCCCUCACACAGGGCCACCACGCCCAAGCAAAUUCGGAGCGGAAAUACUGCCCAGCAGCAGCGGGAUACGAAGAACGCAGCACCGCCUACAACCACAUCGAAUACUCAUCAUCAGAUUCCACAGGGGGGCGGAGGAGCCACUGCAAAUAUUUCCAAGUCCCACCAAGAGUCGUUGCACAACCUGCAGUUUUCGCAGCACGGUGGCCACCAGCAAAAUAUGCAGACAAUCGACUAUGUGCCGAUUCCGCAGCUCAGCCAGAACUUCUCGGCCAAUCCCACGAACUAUGACAUCGUGAGCAUGCCGGCGGUUAUCCAGCAGCGAAUGCACUCGCUCCCCAACACCCAUCAGCGCAUCGAGCAGCCGUCGUCAGCGUGCGCCGUCAACAAUUUCUAUUUGCAAAACAACAUGCCUGCCGCCACAGAGAAUGCGCCGCGGGUGCCAGUAUCCAGUUCCCUGGGCGGCCCACCUUCAUCCGGCAAUGACCAACAACGGCAAGGGGGACAGGACUCAAUAUCGGCGGCCGUCAACAGCACGGGCACCACCGCCUCUCUGUGCAGCCUGUCCAAGCUGCAACAGCUGACAAAUUGCCUGGAGAGCCAGCCGUGCAACACGUCGCCGGGAGCGCAAGUUAAUCUGGCCCCUUCACCGCAUCAUCCCAUUCCACCCAACUCUAUGACGCCGCCGCCCCACCUGCUCAUGCAGAACAGGAACAUCUCCACGCCGCCGCAUGCCAACAUGCUGCAGACACAGGUGGCCCCGCUGCAGUACCACAAAUAUUAUCCGGGCAACAUGAACAUAACGCCCAUUACGUCUGCUCAGAACACGAGCAGGAAUACGGCACGAAACACCCCAUCCGCUCCCGUGCAGCACACCUCGGCGCCCAUGGGCAGCGGCGGCAGCAACAAUCGCACCACCACCAACGUGCACAUCAGUCCGAACCUGAUGGCGCCAUAUGGGGCCAUCAAUAGCUAUCGAAUGUCACCGCAGCAAUCGCCACCCACUGGAAGCUACAGCUCGGGAAGCGACUAUCCCAAUUCGCAGAUACCGAUGCAAAUGAUGAAUAUGCAAUCUCAGUACCAGGAUGCGUGCGUGCUGCAGCGAGGCACUCCCUCCAAUCCGAUGUAUCCCACGUAUUCCCCCUAUUUGCCUCUCAAUGGUUCUAUUCGCAGAUAAUAGAUGCGCACAUUUUAUAUGUUAUUGUAUUGAGUAUGAUUUGUAUAUAUAAAUGUGUGCUGUAA